AGACCACAGAGUCCGAAUCGUUAUUUUCGAUCCUCAACUCUGAACAACUUCUGCAUUUCUCUGUUCUCUCUGUGCAUCAUAUACAAUGGAUGAACCAAAGAAGGCUUUGCUUAGGCUAAAACAAACUCUGCAACGUCCCAAGAAGAAAAAUAAACAGACCGCACAAUGCAUCCAAGCAAUUGAGCAUGUAGAAUCACACUUGAUCUUACUCAAAUCGUCUAUUCUGACUCCACAGUUGUCCGAAAAACUGAGCGACUGUCUUCGCCUACCUCUCCUUCCUAUAUAUGCAGAGUACCCUCCACUGACGUUGGAGUUCACUGCAGCAUUGUCCAAGUUUCUUUACAGCGAUAAGAUUCUCCCCGAAUAUGCAGCGGGAAACGACAACCAAAGAUCACGAUAUGAAACUGUUCUGAAUUUCUUGUUAUCCGGCGUUCUGGACUUCCUAGACGAUCACGAUGAUACAACAACUAAGGACGCUAUAGGGACCUCAUUGUACCCCGUUCUAUGCUCUUUCUCCUUUUCACUCUCGAUGCCAGCUAUGAGUGCUCAGCUGCGUUUCACAGUAUACACCUUGCUCGCGGAGUCAGCGUCAGCACACAAAGCGAAUCAAGACCGACUUCGAGAUGUUACUGUGGUUGGCGGGUCAAAGUUGGGAAUGCAAAUUUGGCGAACCAAAGAUUUCUUGGUCCUUGAAUCGCUUCUCAAUCUGUUCGCUCGGAUGAUGCCUUCGACUAACAACACUUUAGCUGGACGUUCUUCUCGGCUAGCUUUCAUUCGAUCCGUUUUCGGCUCGUCCCCUGAGAACCAGGCAACAGGCGAGGUACUAGUGAAGAUGUUAGAGCACAUAUCGACCAGGGAUUGGGAACCGACUGCCGUGAAGAUCCUCGAGACCCUAGCGUCGUCAAACAUAGCAUUCCCCCAGCCGUUUGCUAUUACGGAGGUCAUUGCCUCUGGUCAAACGAAGCCGUCUGACCGUCUGUAUGUGGACGAUAAAGGAUUCUGCGCCAAUGUCGUAAUCGAGGAGGACGUGUAUGAAUCGUUGGAAGUCCCCUACGCGAUAACGGUCAAGAUAGAACUAUUAUUUCAUUCAGUGGGAGGCAAGGAGCUUCCAAAGCCUAUGGUCGUUAUUCACACAAAGGGUCCACCGUUGGUGGGGGCGAAACCCAUGUCACAGACUGAACAGGUGCAGGAUCAUAGUCUUUCCUUCUCCGUCGAGAGAGAUAUGGUUCCUAGAUUUCAAGAGGCUUUGCAUAGCCGCGGACUGGGGAAACGUCUCCGUGUUGAGAGACCGCGGAAACAGUCCGUUUCAGCUUCAGCCGCUAUACUCGAGAUUGAUUCAGCAGGAGGACUUCUUGGAAAAGAUGAGAGAUAUGAAAACCUGUCACAAUUUUACGGUACCAACGAGCCCAGUGAUGAUACCGUGCCCACACCAGAUGCCAAGGCUAGUAUUCUUGUCCCUCUUGAGACUCCUCGCUCUGUGUCACCUGCUCGUACUGCUCGAACAUCUCAUAACAUAUCUGUCGCUCCACCAAUGCGUAAGAAUCUUAUUUCAAGCGACACCAAGACAUACAAAGGCAAAGGGCCCCAGGCCAAAACUUGUUCUCCAGAGAUUUCUGAUUAUCGGGCUCGUUCUCCAUCUGGUCAUAGCCUUACAGGAAAGCCUGCGAACGUUAGCGGCGAUGUUAUCAAAUCUCUCCGGCGUACUUUUUUGCAGGAGCUUCGAGAUGCUGCCUUUGGAACUAGUGAUGAAGAAUUAUCAGAAAUCGAACACACGCCGGAACCUGACCCCGGACCUACGAGGUCUACUACCAAAGUCGCUUCGGAGAGUAUCAACCUGAAGAAGACCGUCCGACUGAUUUCCACCAAGAUCAUAUUAGAUUCGGACGACGAUGCAAAUGAACCGAACCGCGUUACUGUCAAUAGGACUGCCAAGAGGACCGCUAUCAGGAAGAAUACUAUGCUCUCCGACGAUGACAUUGAGGACUCAUUUCCUUUAGCUUCAAAGAUUGCCCCUCUCACUCGUCGCCUUAGUCUUGCUGCUGCUCCUAAAGCUUCUCUCAAGCGUGUUGUUUCCGUCUUGAGCUCUGUAUCGAUCGAUAUCCCUGCUUCUGCGGUCGCUCGACCUACCGAGGUCACUCAUAUGCUUGCCGAAUUGCCCAGGACUUCACCUCCGGCUGCUGUAGUGGCUGACUCGUUACCUGAUCCUAAUGUGAACAAUCUCCCUGCUACUCCUAUCCGCUCGACUACGCCUGUCUUGAGAAAUAGCCCUGGGUUUCGUCAAAAGAAAGCCGUGGUAUAUUUCAAGGGCGACAGGCAACCCAAUAUCGAGGAGAUUGCUUUUUCCUGUUCUUCUCCGGUCCCUCAGCCUAAGUUAGUGAAAGCCCGCCUGCGCAAGAAGGACGGCACAUCUGCCAUGAUUACAAAAUCCAAUACGGCGUCUCAUAUAGCUACUUCUAAGAGGAAGCGCAAGCAAGCGGACGAAGACGAUCAAGAUCUUGAUGCUCAACUGCGGAAACCACCUAGCAAGAAAUCUCGAACGGAGCCUCAAUGCGAUACUGAUGUGGAAGGUGCCGUACCUCCUGAACGAACUGAGUCCCAGAUCCUCCGUCCUCGCAAUACAGCUGUCCUCCGAGCAACUAAGCGAUACGGCGGCAAGAAACUUAGGACGUCCUCUCCAGUUGUUCCUUCGCACGACGUUGACUACGAUGCAAUUCCGAAUGACUCUCCUUCCGCAACAUCUCCUGAGGAGAAGAGCUCCAAACCCGAGCCUCGAGCACGUUCGAAGAUCCCUGAAAAGAAGAAAGUUGCGAAAUCUCAGAAGAAACCUCAGCCGAAACCCAAAGCACACCUUCCAUUGCCUGCAAAGCUCACUGUGGCUGUAAACGAAGACCGCGCAAGCACUUUGACGAAGACUCUUCCUAGAACUCGCUCCUCAACGAAGGCUAUUACGAUGAAGUCGGAAACUCACAUCGCAGAUGGUGAUAACGAAUCUGUGGUCCUGGCGUAUGACGAAGUGACACAUCCUAUAAACGAUUUAACCGUGUAUGGCAGCAUUGAAGAGCAGGCCGAUCACGACACAUCCGAGAGAGCCGAGCAUUCCACUGCACAAUCACAUCAGAAUACUUCAUCGGCUAAGAAACCGGGACAGCCGCACGAUGCUGCCAAGUCACACGCUGCUUUCGUAGGGUCCAUUGCUGAUAUGACUGACAAUCAGCUGCCGGCUCGUCCUCUGACGGAUGUGACGAGUGACCCUCAAGAAGCCCAUGACGCCACUCUGGUGGGCGUUGAGGCACCUGUCGAAGAGCCUCCCUUCCCUGCCAGCAACUACCAUUCCAUAGAAGACAAUGCAGUUCAGUUGGAAGGCGAAUAUUCGACUGACGUGACGAAUACGGAAUUUACUACGGACCCUUCAAAGAGAAACUCUCUCAGCGUACCGCCACCUCCGGAAGAAAAGGUUGUCAAGGUUGAAAAGCCUACCCUCGCUACUGUACCUGCAAAGAGUGGAACGGUGGAAUCAGAGGACGACAUCACCAUGAUAGAUCUGACCCUUGACGAACCUCUUCUAAAACCGCUUCGCGAUCUGUACGAUCUCCGAAAUCCUGCCUCUGUGCUCGACAGCCCCACUAGAGGCAUUCUCAAGGCACGUCCUCAACCAGCUCUUUCUGUUGGAGAGAUGGCGCAAGCACCAAUGAGCAACCACGGCAAACCAUCAGUCACUUUCUCUGCCGUACCCGAUGGACGUGAGAACACCAACGGAGCCUUGAAGUCCACGAUGGUUACUAAGGUUGUUUCUGCAAGGUCAUAUGGCAAGUCUGACAAGAAAUCUCUAAUGCUGGAGGCAGGAAAUGGGGACCCAUCCUGCCGCAAGCCGCCACCAGGUAUUGAGGAGCUCGCAGACGUCCUAGAUCGUCUAGGUGACACGAUUCUACGCAAAAUCUCUGGCAAAGUCGAUGGUGUGCGAAAUGAGGUAAAGGUUAGUUGCGAUAGGUUGCUUCUGGAUGCUAUAGGAGAUCUUGAGAAGAUGCGAGCACAAAGCGUUGAGCGGUUCAACAUGCUCAUCGGGUUGGAGGCUGAAUAUGCCACCUUCGGACGAAGCCUGACGCAUGUCUUCCACGAUCUUAUCAAGGUCGGUGUGUCAACGAACGAAGAUCUGAAAAGAAUGUUGGAGCUUCAUGAUCGCACUAUAUUGGGAAAUAAGGUGCCCAAAUCAUUGUUUUCUGGUAAUUUGCCUCAGAGUAUCGUGAAAGGCAAAGCACGAUAAAAUCCUUGCGUCAAGUAUUGUACGUCUAACAGACUUGUCAAAGAUCUUUGAAGCCAAGAUGUCAGAUGUGCAUUCCGAGGCU